ACUUGUGGGUGCACUCGCAGUGUGUGUGUGUCAGCGCAGCGGUGCGCUCCGGCUGCGGAGAGUCAGAGAGAGAGAGGCGGUUUAGUUGGGAAGUUUCUGCGAGUGAGUCAACGCGGCGCAGGGAGGACGACACCCAGCAGUGGAUCUAACACCGGACCCCUCUCCUCUAGCUCGGACACAGAGAUACCUUCACCCCGGCGUCUGCACACCAGCUGCUGGAUCUAGUUGUUCACCUUUACGCACAGUUUGGGCAUGGUUCUUGUCGCCCUGACGCGGCUUUUUCCUCAUUGGGAUUAACGCGCCGGCGGAGGAGGCAUGAAAGUGACCGUGUGUUUCGGGAAGACCCGAGUGGUCGUUCCGUGCGGGGAUGGGAAUAUGAAAGUGCACAGCCUCAUCGAGAAGGCGGCCAUGAGGUACAAAAAGGCGAUAGCGAAGGAUGUCAGCUACUGGGUGCAGGUCCACAGGUUGGAACAUGGAGAUGGAGGCAUUUUGGACCUGGAUGAUAUGUUGUGUGACGUAGUGGACGACAAAGACAGGCUCGUUGCUGUGUAUGAAGAACAGGAUCCUCAUAAUGGAGGUGACGGUACCAGCGCCAGCUCUACAGGAACACAGAGUCCAGAGCCCUACAGUGACAUCAGUUCGGUAUCUGCCUUCCAGCCCUACCAGACCAACAGUGAGAUCGAGGUCACUCAGUCUGCCCUGCGAUCCAACAUGCCCCUCCACGUCCGUCCCAGCAGCGAUCCAUCCCUGACCGCUGAGGUCGGUCCAGACGAACCGUCCAGAAAGAACCCAAGUCGCUGGUCCACAACUGCUGGCUUCCAAAAGCACAACCACAGACCAAACACAAGCACUGGCACUGGCAGUCUGGAACGAAAGGGCAGAGGAGCCCAUGCCUAUCGUAGUCUUCCACGGGAUGCGAGUGGCUGGUCCACUCAGUUCCAGAGAGAGAUGACUAGAUCCUCCCUGAGCGCCAACCAUCCAAUGGUCGAUCAGUGGCUAGACAGACAGGACCAGGAGGAGGAGGAGGAAGAGGAGCAAAGGAAACAGGAGAGGAGGAUUGAGCGGAUAGAGCCAGUAGGGAGGGCUGACUCGUCAUUGGAGAGGUCACCAGGGAUAAGUCUAGAAGGCAUGCUCAAGCCGGUCGAGGUGUCCAAUGAGGGAGGGCCCCUGGGGAUCCACGUCGUGCCUUUCAGUACGCAGGAUGUCAGGACUCAGGGUUUGCUGGUGAAACGCCUGGAGCACGGAGGAAAAGCUGAACAGGAACGUCUCUUCCAGGAGAACGACUGCAUCGUCAAGAUAAAUCAGGGAGACAUUCGCAACCUUCGCUUUGAACAUGCCCAGAACAUCUUCAAGCAGGCGAUGCGCUCCCCGCUCAUCCUCUUCCAUGUGGUUCCGGCAGUGUUGAAGAGGCAGUAUGAGCUGAUGUCAGCACAGAGCGCACUCAGUCAAUCCAGCAGAGUCUACUUUAGCCAAGGCUCUCAGAGGCCGGGCGAUAGGUCCAGUCUUGUCGGAGGGCCGGUGUCCAGAACAGGGCCACCACCUGGCCUUAACCAUAACCACCAGGGCCCGUUAGCAGGAAGCACCCCUGAGCCAGGCCGACGGUACAGCGUCUCCAGGACUUGGUCAGCCCCCUCUCCCUCCCUGCAGCGCAGAAUAAGCACAAACACCGCCAACAGCUCAUACCUGAAGAACAAAGGCCACAGAUUCAACAUCCAGCUGAAGAAAGGUCCAGAGGGUCUGGGCUUCAGCAUCACAUCCAGAGACGUCCCCAUCGGCGGCAGUGCUCCCAUUUACGUCAAAAACAUCCUUCCCCGCGGCGCUGCCAUCCAAGAUGGCCGACUGAAAGCUGGAGAUCGGCUGCUGGAGGUUAGCGGAGUGGACCUUAAUGGUAAGACUCAGGAAGAGGUGGUGGCCCUGCUGCGAGCCACACCCAUGGGCGGGACUGUGAACCUGCUGGUGACGCGCCAGGAGGACUCCCAGCUGCCCAGAGAAGUGCAGCCAGAGGAAGAUGACAUGGUGUUAACCCCUGACGGUUCGAGAGAGUUCAUGACCUUUGAGAUCCCACUGAGCGAUUCAGGCUCCGCAGGCCUAGGUGUCAGCGUCAAAGGCAAUCGCUCCAAGGAGAACCACGCCGACUUGGGCAUCUUUGUGAAGUCCAUUAUAAACGGAGGGGCUGCUAGCAAGGAUGGGCGUUUACAUGUCAAUGACCAGCUCAUUGCAGUUAAUGCCGAGUCUUUGCUCGGGAAGACCAACCAGGAGGCCAUGGAGACGCUGCGGACAUCCAUGUCUGUCGAGGGCAACAAGCGAGGGAUGAUCCAGCUCAUCGUGGCUCGGCGGGUGGCCACAAACAAUGAGGAAGCCCCCGGCAGCCCUCCAGUUCUAGAACAAUCUAUGAACUCGCUACUGGACAACCACGAGCGCCGAAUCUCCCACUCACUGUACGAAACCAUUGAGGACUUUGACAACAUCUCGACAUCACGCACUAAUGUGAUGGGACGUAUAGGUAACUACCAGCUCUCUCCCACUGUGAACAUGCCACAGGACGAUAUAGUGAUGAUCGAAGACGAUAGGCCGCCCCUACUGCCGGCCCACCUCUCCGACCAAUCAUCCUCUAGCUCCCACGAUGAUAUGGGCUUUGUUGGAGAGAACCCGGUGUCCUGGAUCCACGAGCUGCCCAGUCAGAAUGAAUGCUCGCUCAGUCUGGACGCAGACGCUGACACUUCGUUCCAGAGGGAGGGCUUUGGCCGGCAGAGUAUGUCCGAAAAACGCAUCAAACAGUAUGAAAAUGCAAAUCAGCUGGAGAUCAUCAAGACCCGCAAGUCGAAGAGCAUGGAUCUAGGCACUGCCGAACAAGAGAUCGGGCCCGCACUUGGCCUGAAAAAGUCCAGCUCCCUCGAAAGUCUCCAGACGGCCGUUGCUGAGUUGUCGGUGAAGAGCGAAAUCAACGUCAAUAGGCCGCGCUCUCGGAUCAUCAGGAGCCGCGGCUGCAACGAGAGCUUUCGAGCUGCAAUUGACAAAUCCUAUGAGAAUCCUGGUGUCCCGAGCACAGAAGAAGAGAACAGCAUGGAGACACUGGACGAGGACACAGAGGGAAGUUCCCGAUCUGGUCGCGAGUCGAUGUCCACUAGCGGUGACCUCAUUGUGGUUUCCGGGUUGAACGGCAGCCAAUCCAAAGAGGACAGACAGAAAGUAUGGGACACGGUGGAUGGGAAGGAAAAGAAGAAACCAGAGAGGGAUAAAGAGGAGAAAGACAAGGACAAGAUUAAAGCGAAGAAAGGGAUGCUGAAGGGCCUGGGUGAGAUGUUCAGGUUUGGAAAGCACCGGAAGGAUGAGCAACCAGGAGACAGGAUGGAGAGGAAGAGCUCCAGUAAAUCUAAAGCGGAGGACGUGCAGGCGUCAGAGGAUGAGACCCUGCGGAUGAGAUUGGAACAGGAGAGAAUACAGGCCAAGACGCGGGAAUUCCGGGAGAAGCAGGCCAAAGAGAGGGAAUACGCCGAGAUCCAAGAUGUCGUCAGUCGCACCUUUAGCUCAGAUGAAGAGCCGACCUACGCUGGAAUCGGAUCAUUGGACUCGUCGGUAGAUAGCAGUAGCAUGGACCCUUACAGUCACCCCUACCAUCUCCCUCAAAGUCCCCAGGCCCCGCAACUUCCCUUGAGCCCUCAGAACAACGGCCCACCGAUGGAAGCUGUCUAUGCCACAGUCAACAAACCUCGCAAUGGACGCCCUGCAGCUCCAGACAGCAGUCAGAUGGCUCCCAGUAACCAUGACCGGAUACAAAGGCUGAGGCAUGAGUUCCAGCAGGCCAUACAUGAGGACAUCGAUGACCAUCAGCACACCUAUAGUAUCGACCCAUCUUUGGUGAGCAAUGGGACAGAGACGCAGAGCGGACGUCAUUCUGUGACAGUGGAGACUCAGAAAGAGCAGCAAGAGGACGGAGACGGUUUCCAACAGGCGCAGAGACAGUACAGCUCCCUGCCGCGGCCGCCUCGUAAGAACCCAAGCACGGCGUCCCAGGAGAUAUGGGACACGGUGUACCUGCCAGCAGAAGAGAAAUCUUCCACGACUAAGGAGAACCCUCGCAACUCCGUUGGGCAGGGAUCCCAUAACGGCUACCUGGGAACGUCCAGCUUCAACGCCCGCGUCCUCCUAGAGACUCAGGAGCUGCUGAGGCAGGAGCAGCGACGCAGAGACCAGGAGGCCAGCAAGGCCAGGCCGCCUCCCGCACAGGAACCGCGCCGCGGCAGCACCUAUGACCACAGCAGGGACCACGCUCAGACCCCUAGCUCUGCCUCAGUGCAGCCCCCCCCUCAAUCCAAGGGCCCCUACAGACAGGACGUGCCCCCGUCGCCUUCUCAGAUCGCCAAACUCAGCCGGCUUCAGGGUUCGGAGAAAAGGAGGCAAUUUUACUCCUGAGCCCGUAACAGUACUUAAAGAUUAGGACAGAUUCUAGAAAGCAUCAACAGGGAAAAAUGCAAAGAGGGCAAUGCAUGAUUUUUUUAUAUAUAAUGCUGAGACUUUCAUGGGAUUGUUGAUAAAUCAUGUUGAUAUUUAAAAAAGAUGUUUUUUAUUCUAAGAAUCCUUUUUAUCUGUAUCCAAUGAGUUGAGAUGUUUUAUUGUCCACAAAGAUCAUAUGUGUAUAAGUGCCUUUUAACCCAUUGAUUGUUGAUUGUUCACCUUUUGUAGGCACAGACCACAUAUGCGGGCUCAUGAUCUGCAGCUCUGACUCAUCCAUCACUGACUCAAUAUAACAAAUAGAACAGCUGAGGGCAACUGGUUACAGAACAACAUCAUGACUAUGAACACAUGACGCAGCCAGUUCUCUAACCAGUGGAAACCCUGCUUGUGUGAGUCAGGCUUAUUCCUGCUGUUCACUGGGACUGUGUCAGCCACUACUGUACAUGUGUAGGGGGGGUGUAGGUGCUGGCAGGAGUUGGCAUGCAGUGACACACUGUAGAGGUUAGCACCGCUUGUGUGAACCGCCGACUCAGGGCUUGGGCUUCGGCCAUGACCACUCAAACCCCCUCUGUUCGGAGAAACCUCCCUUUUGGUUUCCUCUCCAGCCCUGUGUUUAAUAUGAUAAUCCUGAAUCCUCUGUUCCUCUCCGCUCGCUGCUUUAUCUCCGCUCUUCUCUCUCGUUACAUCGUCACCACCACCAGACCAGACUCUCAGUGGAGGAGAACAGCUUAAGAUCCCCCCACCCAGGGAAUCCAGCAGGAUAAAUGGGGUCAGGUCUGGGUUAUUAGUUAACGUACCUCAUUAAAAAUGAAUGCAGCCCUUUGUGUUUGUUUGUUGUCAUGUGCGGCGAGGGGUAAGGAGCAGCGACCUUGCUGGCAGGGCUCUGGCCCCAGUUUGACUUGGCUGUAACAGAAGCCUUGUUGGACCCAUAGGUGUCUGAGCGGUUUCUCACUGAAUAUUUCAUCAUGGUGGUUGCAUGGGGGGGGGGCACAUGGCUCUGCAGUCGGGGGCCUCAGUGUGGGCGGCCGGAUACAAUGGAGCUGAUUUUGUUUUUCAUUCCUGAUGAUGUCCAUUGAUAACGAACCACUCAUCAUUCAAUCAAUAGGGAGUGGUGCCAUUUUCAAAGUGUUGGUGAGAGUGUACGUGAACAGCCCUGUUUGUGUGUAUGUGUGUGUGUGUGUUCCUGUAUUUCUAUCCCUGUAAUGACAGGAAUUUGAGCAUUAGUCCGAGUGAUGACACUUUAUAACACUUUUUACAUUUGUCAAGACAUUUUUCUGAAAAAGAUAAUGUUAAAAUUUGGGGUAAUUCUCAAAAUUGGGUUUAAUUUAAUUUGUCCUGCGACAUUUUCACUCAGAGUUUGGUGCAAUGCUUCCCUUCAGUAUGUUUACACAAAGCCUUGAAAUCAGGUUUAUCAGAGAAGCCUGGUUAGAGGCAGGUGAAUGGAGACUGCUGUUGUCGUAGUAACGAGGAUAAUAUACUGUAAAUGAGUCCUAGUAGGCUCGGGAUAAAGAUCAUAAUUAGAAAAUAAAACUUGAUAGAAAUGAUAGAACUGUUAUGACGGAGGAGCUUUUGUCUUCACAAGUGCCGAAAAAAGAGAGUGUAUAUUUGUGUAUGCGCUUCCUCACAAGUGUAAGUAAACUACAGUAGCAGUGUAUUGCUCAGCUCCCAAUUUUCCACUAUGUGUGUGUGUGUGUGUGUGUGUGUGUGUUCAUGUAGGUGGACAUGUGUUUAAGUGUCUGUGCACGCUGCCAGUAACUGGAUGCUCCAAUAUGUCUCUGAAUAUGUCUUGGCAGCCGUAUUAACCACUUGGCUGCUGAGUGGGAGCGGAGCAGAGGAGUGGGAGGGAGUGGAGUUGGGAGGCCUGACCUUCCAGAUGAUUCAGUCAAUGGAGUAAUCACAACUAUUCUGCUCCACAAACAGGAGGUCACCGAAAAGGCUGCUUAUUCAUCUGACUGUCAGAUCCGACAUGUUUUGGUUUUUCUGUUUGUGUGGAGGAUCUCGAUUGUGUAUUUUUAUCACUGGCUACAUGCGUACUGCUGCUUUUUGUUUGAAAAUGCAUCAACGCUGAUGCAGGUGACGUCAACACAAGCUUAUAAAUGGUUGGAAACGAUGACACAGACACUCAGCUCUGUUUGCUGAUUGGGACUUUUUGAUCAAGACGAAGCCUUCGCUGAUUCGUCAGGCUCCUAUCACGUGACCCCCUGACCGGCAUUAACCUCAGCUUCCAGUGUAGAACAUAACAUGGACAACAAAUUACAAGCAUUACUGACCCUGUUGUUUCUACUGAAAGCUGUUAGAUUCUGUGUUUGAUACAAUGAUACAACUAUUUACAUGUGGGAGACGAGCUGGUAUUCGAGCAAACACGGGCACGUACAUGUCCAGCUUGUGUGGACUGGUCUGAAAACACCAUUUUCUAAAUGUUAAGGUAGUAGAAUGGAGCCUGUGUUUGAGGGGGGGCGUACUUCGACUGUCUACAACAUCUAAUGAGUUUUUUCCUCCACAUAUGCAAAUGUGAUCCUAUCCCAUAAUACGUGUUUAUUAUUUGUGUUGUGUAAUUAAUUUUUGCGUGGCACUUCUGUGACACAUGGAUUCCUCCACGUAAAGUUAUUGUUUCAGAGAUUUUUUUUUUUUUUUAUCCUGGGAGGAAUGAGAAAUAUAUUGUUAUUGUUUCAUUACAUUUUUAUGACCAUCAUUGUUUUUUUUAUCAUCCACAGUAUAGUAUUAUGGUGGUUUAAGAGGACUUAUAUGUAAGCAUUGUGCAAUUUCCAUUUUUACAACAGUGCAUCAUUAAGAGCCGUGUCUGCUGUUCUCUGUACAUACAAUAUGAACUUUUUUCAAUGAAUAAAUCCAGGGUGCUUUCAAUCCUUGAUACAAUA